GCAGGGCAGGCACCGCCAUUUCCCUCAGUGGUUGUAGUGCUUUAAAGCCAAGCAGCAGCAGCAGCAGCAGCAGUAGCAGGAAGAGGAGGAGGAGGAGCGGCGACGGAGCGGCGGAGGCAGGAGGAGACACGCAGGGAUCCGGUGUGCUAGAUCGGGAUGAGAGCUAGACAGAGACCCGGGUCGGAUGAGUCAGCGAGUGGUGCCUGCACCCCAUCUACCGCCACAUCCCUAUGAAAUCUGAAUUCACCCCAGCGGAGAAAGCGCACUUUUUUUCGGACGGGAUUGGCGGAACACCCGAGCGACAACAUUACAUUUUCUGUUGUUGUUGUUAUUACAUCGUUUCUCUUUAUUCCGCCCUCCCCUGGUCCUCGUUUGCCAUAGCCUAGUUUUGAUUUUUUUCUUCCUUUUUUUUUUUUUUUUUUUUUUUUUUAAUUUUUCCACAAAGGUGGGAAAAAGGGGGGUCCGGCUGCGGAGGUGGCGGCUGUUUUCACUUCAUUUCGAGCCACUUGAAGAAACCCAAACACGCCGCUGUUUUAUUGUUUCUUUUUUCUAAUUCUUUGUUGCAUCAAUAAACGAAGAUGUCGGGGCAGAGCAUUACGGACAGGAUAACUGCAGCCCAGCACAGUGUAACGGGAUCUGCCGUGUCGAAAACAGUAUGCAAGGCCACUACUCACGAAAUAAUGGGCCCGAAAAAGAAACAUUUGGACUAUUUGAUCCACUGCACCAAUGAGAUGAACGUGAACAUUCCCCAACUGGCUGACUCGCUGUUUGAGAGGACCACCAACACCAGCUGGGUGGUGGUUUUCAAGUCGCUUAUCUCCACACACCACCUCAUGGUCUAUGGCAACGAGCGUUUUGUCCAGUACUUGGCUUCAAGGAAUACACUAUUCAACCUCAGUAAUUUUUUGGACAAAAGUGGAUUACAAGGUUAUGACAUGUCCACAUUUAUCCGGAGGUACAGUCGAUACCUGAAUGAGAAAGCUGUUUCGUACAGACAGGUUGCCUUUGACUUCACCAAAGUUAAACGAGGAGUGGAUGGUGUGAUGAGGACCAUGAAUACAGAGAAGCUGCUGAAGACUAUCCCCAUUAUUCAGAACCAGAUGGAUGCCCUCCUCGAUUUCAAUGUCAAUGCCAAUGAGCUGACUAAUGGAGUCAUCAAUGCUGCCUUUAUGCUCCUCUUCAAAGAUUCGAUCCGGCUCUUUGCUGCUUAUAAUGAAGGCAUUAUCAACCUGCUUGAGAAAUACUUUGACAUGAAGAAGACUCAGUGUAAAGAAGGCCUGGACAUUUACAAGAAGUUCCUCACCCGAAUGACCCGGAUAUCAGAGUUCCUCAAAGUAGCAGAGCAGGUGGGCAUCGAUCGAGGAGACAUCCCAGACCUUUCUCAGUUGAAGGAAAAAACACUCUCUGUGGCUCCCAGUAGCCUCCUCGAAGCUCUGGAGCAGCACUUGGCCUCCUUAGAGGGCAAGAAGGUCAAAGACUCCACUGCAGCCAGCAGGGCCAGCACUCUGUCAAAUGCAGUCUCAUCUCUGGCAAGUACGGGGAUGUCUUUCACUAAAGUGGAUGAGCGGGAGAAACAGGCAGCUCUUGAGGAAGAACAGGCUCGUCUCAAAGCUCUGAAGGAGCAAAGGCUCAAGGAGCUCUCCAAGAGGCCCUCCUUCGCCACCACCGACACAUCACCGAUCUCCACCACCGGGGGCACCAUCAGCACAGCACCAGCCAUUGACCUCUUCUCCACACCCAGCUGCUCCAAUGGUGCUCUGAAGAUGGAGAGUGACCUGUUUGACCUGCAGUCGACCUUCCAGCCCUCCAUGCAGUCCGGCUCCACGGGGCUUCCAGUGGCAACAGCCUGGGCAGAUCCUUUCACCUCUGCUGAAGCUGGAGAUGAUUCCAUGCCAAACCUUAACCCUUUCCUCUCAAAACUCGUUGUCGAUGCCGCUCACUUACCUGUCGUGUCUUCAGACGGUGUUAGCUUUUCCUCUAGGACAUCCGGUCAUGAAAUGUUUGGUGAUCGUUACAAUCCCUUUAUUGACACAAACUCAUCCGUUUCAACCAAUUACAAACGCACAGUGCGGAUAGAACACUCCAUCUCAGACUCCUUCUGUGGUCCAGUGUCCAUUGCCCAGCACCUCCCACAUCAGGCUCCCUUCCACACUGAGCCCUCUUCUGUAGCAGGUCUAUUCAGAGGAUACUCAACGCCACAGGCUCCUCCGCAGCAGUCAGCAGGGGGACUCCAGGUGGACUUUGAGUCAGUUUUUGGAGCCAAAGCCACAGGCAGCAACAGCCUCAGUUCUGAUGAUAUUACUGGCGGCAUUCUGAAACCCACUCUGGCCGGAUCCAACCAGCCCUCCAAUCAGCAGCCAGAGAAGCUGGUGUCAGAUGACCUUGACUCCACCCUGGCCAACCUUGUGGGCAACCUUGGCAUCGGAAAUGGCACGGCGAAAAAUGACAUCCACUGGAGCCAGCCUGGGGAGAAGAGGCUGACCGGCGGAACCAACUGGCAACCCAAGGCAGCGCCAACCACAACCUGGAACCCUGUUUCCAUGCCCCCCUCAGUCAUGGCCUUCCCUGCCACCACACCCACAGGCAUGAUGGGAUAUGGCAUGCCUCCACAGAUGGGCUCCAUGGGGAUGAUGAAUCAACCCACCAUGAUGUACACCCAGCCAGUCAUGAGGCCACCCAACCCCUUUGGCUCUGUGUCCAGCGCUCAGCCCUCUGCAGCCUCUAGUCCUUCCAGCCAGAGUCCUCUCCGAGCCCCUGGACAGGACCCAUUUGCACAGCUCUCUCUCAAGGAUUUCUUGUAGAGCAUCUCUUUAGAUGCAGUUCAUGUAAUUUGAAGGAAGUGUCUCUCAGAAGAUGAAGCACUUAGCAGCAAAGCUUUGUCCUCGUUGCAGUCUAACUCUUCAGAGAAACAUUCACACGCCCCCAAAUACAGACAUGUCAAGAACACAAUGGUGCAAUGACUGUCAGAAACCAUGGUAACCAUGUCCAAAUGACGUUUGGCGAUAACUCACACCCAUUAUUCUGUAAUUUGUCCAAGAUAUCGAGUGAUGCUGCUGUCUAACCCCCUUAUAAGGAUUCCUCAUCCAUUUUACAGUAUAAUCUGUAAAGAUAGUUAUGGGUGCUGAGAAACUUUGAUAUUAUGUAUUUGGAAAUGCUGUGGUUGGAUGUAAAGGCUCGAUGUUCUGCUGGGAGGGGAGGGGAGGGGGAGAUGCGGGGAAAAGGAGGAGAGGAGUCCUUCCCUUUCUUGAUCCGAUCAUCAGUCAUCCAUUUCCUACAGUUAUUUAACUGUCACUAAGUAGUGAUGCUAAUGACGUUUACACCUGUUUAGUUUUUGUCUUUUUUACCGUGUUUACAGUAGACAUUCCUUGUGUGUUGUUUGUAUUUAUUUAUGAUUAUUGGUUUAAGAUUGGGGAAAAAAAAUAUUGUAAAAUCUACAGUACAUUGAACACCUGUGGGAGUGCUUCAGCAUUAAACAAGGAUCUCAGACUGUAUCAUUGAGAGGUAGAGUUAAAAAAAAUAGCUAUUAUAUAAAAUUACACCUAUUAAGCGGAAUGAUAGAGCACUAAAUAUUCUCCAAGUUUUGUGUUAAGAACAAUUUUUACUAGAUGAAAGAUUUCACAGUCUCCAUUGUACUUAAAGUGCAGGGGUUAGAGUAUGAGUCAGUUAUCAACCGUAUAUAGUCGAUUCUGUGCCUAGGGUUUUUGCAAUGGAACAGUUUUCUGUCUAGUUGAAAAAAAAAAAAAAAAAAAAAACACUUCAUCCACGAUUCUGAAGCAUCGCACUGGGUGAUGGGCUCCAUUUGCUUUAAGCUUGGCAUGCCAUUGACUCACUGACCGUAUUCAAGGCUGCCUUUACUCUGAAUGUGAACGAGUUGUCUUCAUGUUGCACACAUCUUUCCACACUAGCUGCCCCUCCUCAGUUCCUCACUGGGGUGUGACGAGAGGACAGUGUCUCUGGUUUGUCGGCUGUUGCUGCAGUUCUGGAAAAGGGUCACAGUGUCGAUGUAAAUUAAUUGUAUAAAGAUCCACAGGACCAGGGUGGAGUGGAGCACUGUUGAUCGGUGCUCUGUGUAUAUAAAAACUGACUGUUCGUUGAAAGUGAAAGAUGUAUGAAAUAUGAAAGCAAUUCAAUCAAAUUUGACUCUACCUAAGUUUGAUUCAGGAUAUUCUCUGCGUUUGUCUCACGCAGAUAUUUUCUUUAUGUAAUUAGAACGUGUAGCAGACAAUGAGGUCUUUUCUUUCUUUUUCAAAUAAAGAGCAGCUUCCACAAA